AUGAUGAUAUCCGAAAUUACUCCGUCACGGAUAUACCUCUUACCAAUACUGGCCUUGUUUGUUUUCUCGUGGACAUAUAGUCUCUCCCAAAUCAUCAAAUUCCCUUUCGCUCUCAUCAAUCAGAUCGUUCAUAUAACAUGGAGCAUCAUUUGUUUCAACGUCAAAUGGUUCGUUUACCUUGCCAUCCCGUCUCUUAUACCGCAAUAUUACUUUCUAUGGCCAUGGAUCAUUCGACGUGUUCCCCGACUUCGCGCUUCUCGCUUCAGCGUCAUUGGAGCUUUCAGAGGAUUGGAAUGGAGAUCUUCAAUCGGAGGUGCGGAUGACCAACCUACUAUCUAUAUAGAAAGCGGUGCUUGGAGAUGGGGAGGGUUGAAAGGUGAUGGUACUGGUGUCUUUAUCUAUCGUAUUGAAGAUGUCACCAUAAGACUUAGAAAGAAUGAUUUGAAUCAACCCACAAAGCACACACAUCAAUCUUCUUCUUCUUCUUUACCUUGGAUCGUUAGAUGUCCACUCAACAAUGUUCAGACUUAUCUCAAGCGGUCAAGGUCUCGUUUGACUCGGUCCAUGACAAAUCCUAAUGGAUACUUUGCCAGAUCAGUAAUAUGGAUUACUCAAGUGAACAUUCAUUACAUCCCAUGGCUCGCUAGAAUAGUGUCAUUAGAAAUGAAGAAUUGUCGUGUCAUCUUUCAAGAUUUAGAUAACAUGGAGCUUGUAUUUGACGAAUUUGGGUUAGGUGCAAUGAUUAAUUUUCAAGGUGAAGUCGAAUCGGAUCAAAUCGUACAAGUCCCUACUCCAUCCUCUUCACCCAAUCCAGCAUUUGAAGCUUUCAUGCGAGAAAAUCCACUUUGUACUUCACCAAUUGUGGAAAGAGGUCGAUCAAACUUUUCCCCACCCAACUCUCCUCCAACCUCUCCAAACUUUUCGCCCACUACCUCUCCACCCUUAUCACCCACAUUCGGAUCAUUAGCUCCUCCUGAUCACCCAUUCAUGUCUCCUUCACCUAUGUCACCUAUGCGAGGUGAAAGAUCAUCAUCUCGUUUGGCCGAUGCUCGAAGAAGGGCUUCUGUCUUGGGUACCAGUACCAGGACAACAGCCGCUUACAUAUGGAGUAGAGGUACCGGUCGAUUGUACGGAUCUCUCACAGCCACUGGAUAUCUAGUGAAUCCCCGUGUAGUUCAACGCAAAUCAGCAAAUGCCCCAUCAUCGACUAGCCCAUCCUCGGUCAGUCCAACUCAUUCAACCAUCACUCCCACUUCCAUACGCUCGAUACAUACUCUUCUACGAUCGAGUACCUCCUAUGUCCUUCCGACACGAUCUAGUAUAGAUUACGAAAGCCUUAUCAACCUAGGUGGUCGCACGAGAGCUUCUAUCAGUCUCACCUUCGGACCUAAGCGGGGUUUAUUUGGGGAGGACACCCUAGAUGCUGAAUUGGAGUUAGGAGAACUCAGUAGUAGUGUUGAAGCAGUAGAGCAGCUGCAAGAAAUGGCAAAAAGACUUACCCGGCGACAAGAAAAACGCCCUUCAGCAGUCGUCAGAACAGUCAAAGCUCCUUGGAGUGCUCGAGGAUGGCAAAGGAUCGGUCUUCGAGCCUUCAAAUCUGUCGAUGUCAAUGUCCGUAACUUCAGCAUUGCCCAUCGUCUAUCCUCAGUUUUCGGACCAGCUACUCAACCAUUUCCGACUACUUUCACUUCAUCCACGGACGAGAAAUACACCGUCUCGCUUGACCUGAAGAGUGUUCAGCUCACGAUCGCUGCUGCCGAUGCUUCCAAUAAUGAUCGAGCGAGAAAUGCCUUUGGUACCAACUCGGCUCCGGAAUCGAAAAUCCGCGGUAUAGGAUUUGAGAUCAAAUGGGAAGCAAUCAGUUUAGAUUGUCUCGCUCCUCGAGAAAAGGUUGACGAGAAGAGCCAAUUGCUGGUUGUUCGAAAUGGAUCCUUUGACGGAUUCUCUUCUUGGCGACCAGCUGGGUGGAAGAGAGAAGAGUUGUUGUUCUCUUCUGAUCCCAAUCUAGCUUUAAUAGUGUUCAGAGGUGAGAUUGGUUCCAUCAAUACUGCUAUCGAUCUUCAACUACUUCAUGAACUCGGGGCAGCUUGGCGGAUCACUCACCCGAAGCGGAAAAACCAGGAGGACGGUGUUGCUUCCGCCAAUAUGAGGAAGAUGUACGGUCUUCCGCCUCGAUCGCGUGUGGUAUUUGACAUUGGGCAUAUAUCUGCUCAAUUGGCAGACCGUUUGUCAGACAAUAAGACAACCCUGACUUUCGAUUCAGAUGGUGUACAUUGUGGAUGUUUUACUGGAUUCACAGAGCUUUCUGGCCGAAGAAGAGAUAAACCUACAAGUCGGAAGGCAUUUGAAGACGAAGACAAGAUACGAGAGCAACGCGCCAAGAUGUCAAACUUGGAUUACGCUCUUCCUCCUGUCAUGCUUCCUCGUCAUGUCAGACGCUCUGAAAAUCGACCGUGCGCAACCCUCUCGGACGAUUUUUCCAUAUCAUUGAAAGGUGAUGCCCAGAUGAAUAUCGAACCGCUGAGGAUCAAGAUAAAAUUGUCCGAUGACAACUUUCACGACUUGGCAAAUGUUGGUCGUAUACAUGGUACAGUAUCAGGAGAUGUCUUGGGUCGACAUGAAGUGACCGACAGCAAGACAGAGACCGCUUUCUUUGAUUGGACUUCUCUAUCGUCUAACUUUGACAUGGGUAUCGAUGAGGGUAUCAACAUAGAACUUUGGAAAAAGGAAGUUAUUGAAGCACUUAUAGUAAUGGGGGAAGCGCACCAAUCCAGCUCACCUCAAAAUCCCCGAUCUUCCCGAUCUGACGAUAAGAAGACUUUCAACCGCUUGCCAUCCGGUGUAUCAGCUCGUUUCUCACUCGGUACCAUUAACUUGUUCAUUGGUCAUGAAGAUAUCAAUCCCGCAAUGAAAGGCAAACACAGUCCACCUGUACGAGGUACGUGGAUCCAGACUUCCGCUAUAUUCGAGUAUGCACUAUACAGACACCAAGCCCAAGCUUUCCCAUGGAGACACCAUCUCACAGCGCCGCAAAGAGCGAAACUUCAACUUCCUGAAGAUAUCACUGUUCAAGCAUUGGCUUUCGCUACCAAAUACAGAUCAGAUGGAGGUACCGCAGCUCUCACUUCCCUUGUAGUAGAGGACUUUAUCGUCAGACCCAUCUACAACGGUAAUACUUUUGUAGCCAACGGUGGCACGAAACGAAAGAUGAUGUUCAGCCCUUUACAGCCUGCCAAACACUUUGAUGACACUCAUUGUGGUGCUUCUCAGAUCCUUCGCACGCGCCUCAAAACGCUGAGAGACAAGGAAUUCCCAUACACGGAAGAAGAGUUGAAGCAUAACAAAAAGCGUCCCUCACUCGAAAGUUAUAUCCCCAAGCUUGAAUAUCCCGUACCUCCACUUGAAGUGGGCAUUAUGGAGCAAGCUCAACGACCUUGGCUUAGAAUACGCAACUCCAGAGUACAUCUGACAGUCCAACAGACCAGAGCCGAUUCCGACACGGAAUUCAAGAUCACUAGUAGACUCGAUAACGUGGCCUUGCUGAGCAAUUACCCUCAUCUCUACUCCAACCUUCACGCUGGUCUCACUGUCAAGAAACUCAUGGACGCCUGGAAGAAGUCCAAUAAACCUGCAGAUGCACCUCGGCGAGAACACAACCUCAGUAUCGGCAUCUUGAUUCCCAAUCUUACUAUCCACAUGGCGUUCCCACUGAAGGAACAACUGUAUUUUUACUCAUCAAAUGUAUCGAUCAAUAUGCCCCCAUCGACGGGUCUAUCAUUCUCUGCCGAUCAAGCCCUGGUUUACGUCCCCAGCUUUACUAAGCUUGGAGACUGGGAGGAACUCGGUCGUAUUAAGCGAUCAUCUGUUUCUCUCUCUGAGCCUGGUAUGCCCCUUGAAAUCAACCCCAAAGUCGAAGCCAUCAGAGUAAGGAUCCCUUACAAGUACGAGAUGAAUAGCCUUGUCCUGGAUGUCAGUGUCACAAUCAAAACGCUGAAACUUUUAUUCCGAAACUUCUUCGGGUAUCGUGAAUUUGUGGUUCGACAUAAUUCAGCAGCUGAAGCGCCUAAAAGAAUCCCUAAAUUUCGUUUCGAAAUUGGUUCAGUGUCCCUCGAGGCCAAAGAUGAUCCAGCUGACACAAACUUGAAUCUCAUUUGGCGAGCUGGAUACCACGAGCAGGCCAAGAGGAACGCUCUGGAAGAUACUUUUGCUAAGAAAACAGCUCUUUUAGAUAAUUCCAACACCUCCUCUGAAGAAAGCUUACAUGUCAAUGGAACGAGACCGGAUCCUAAACUAACCAAACGAGCCACAGUAGAUCUGGAAGACGCCCGUGAUAGACUAGAUAGGUAUAUAUCGGGUGUUUGGAUCAAGCGAAUGCGCUUGGCAAUACAUGAGCAAAAGAGAAGAGAAGCCGCUACGCUUCGACCGAUGCAUGGUUGCGGUCCCAACAUCAAACUACCAAUCAACAUUUUACCAUCGAGUCAGACUGCUCCUCUCUUCCGGUUUACUCUACAAAAUGUUGAUCUCACCAUCUCUGAUCCCGGCUUGAAUCGUACCGAAAUCAUCGAUUAUAUGGGCAAGGUUUCAUCGCCUUUUGACGACGGAGUGGAGUUCUCACUUAUGGUACCUCUCAAGAUCGAAUGGACAAUGUCGGAAGCGAAAUGUUCUCUACGAGAUUAUCCAUUGCCCUUACUCCGAGUUCAGCCUACCGACAAUGUGAUUCCUGCUUUCCACAUGUCAACGCGAUUCAUCAUCGCUGAGGAAUACGCAGACGACGACUCAACAGCUUUCAUACCUGUUGAAGUAUUGCCCAAAGGAUGUGGUGGGUCAGAUUAUCCCGCAUUCACAGUGGAAGUUGCCAAGACUAUCAUGCCCGUGAAAAUGUACGGUGAACCAAGAUUCAAGAUUUAUUCCAAAAAGACAACAGAGUUUGCUUGGGGUAUGGCUUAUCAGUUCGCUAUUCAAGAUUUCGCCAAAGUAGUAGAAACGUUUGGUCACGCUCCAAGAGAUCCAAGUCCCAAACUUGCUUUCUUCGAUAAGAUGCGAUUAGUUUGUCAUCUGAAGCCUAUCGUAGAAUUUGAAGGACCUGUACAUCUUCACUUGAAAGGUACAUUUGAUCCUUAUUCAAUCACUGGCCUCGGGGCGGGAUUUGCUCUUGCUUGGAAAGGCAAUACCAAGUUCUUGAUCAAUCAACCUAAUGAACACCGUCAAGUGAUACAGAUUGUUGCGGACGAACUGCUUGUGGUCAUACCAGACUUGACAUCAUUGAGUGAUGGUGCGGCUACUGGUUCACCCACUCGUUCGGAAGAAGCUGGAACGCCAGGUAACGAGCUCGACGAGUCAGAUUCUUCUAUGAUCAGUCGUCGAUAUACCAAACCAUGCGCCAAGUUCGUCAACGGUACGAGGGUAGGAUUCGGUUUUGCUUUUGAGCGAACUUGCAGACCAUGGAAUUGUCAAGAAGGGUGUGGAGAUACGGAAAAUCACUUACAUCGGAAAUGUCGUUUCUUCGAUUUCUUACCACAUCAAAAAGUCAUUCUCAGAUCCGCUCAAGCUCUCAAGAAAGAGUCAGAUAAAUUAGGCAGAAAAGUCGACUCUUACGAAGGGUUCCGGAGUGACUUUAGCCAUUUCUCGGUUUCGCUGAUUAGCCCAACUCAACAUGUACCACCAACUCGACCGGAAAACGAGAUUUCAGAACAUGUUAGCAGUCUCCAUUGUGCACCAAAGGCAAUGUAUCAUUUCCUCAGAUGGAUAAAACUAUUCAACCACGCCACAUGGCUGCCCACGCGUGAAGGUGGUCAGUAUGGUAGUUUGUAUCCUGGAUCCAAGCGAAAAACCAAACAGGAAAGCAAGCCACUUGCUACCAUCAAGUAUCAUUUCAACCUGGCACCGCUAUAUGUGUCUCAUGUGUAUCCACAAGUAACCAAGGAAUUAUGGGCUCAAGGCAAAUCUGAAUCCUUGGGUAUCAAAGUACGAGCAGGUCGGUUGUUAUUCGAUGCCCAUCAACGAUUGCAAGAACGGGUACAAUUCCACGAAGGAUACAACACAAGCAAGAUUGUUGCACAUAAAACACUUUACGCUGCCGACAUUGUUGCAGACGAUUUAACGAUCAAAGGUCUCAGAGCUCAUUUCGCUGAAAGAGUUAGACUUGAUGCUCAGUGUCGUGAUAAAUCGCCUCGCGCUUCGGAACUUCCACAAGAAUUGAAAGUUUGGUUUGAUCUGAUGGAUUAUAUAGAUGCAGAUCGAAAACCAUUAGAUGAAGAUCCUCAAAUUGAGAUUGUCGAUUUUGGAGAUUGUCCCCAUGUUUACUUUUGUAUCAGGAAAAAAGCUAAAGUGAUAGCGGCGAAUACCAAUUUACAAGACAAGAAAGGUAAUGAUAAUUUAGUCGGCAUAGAAACUACUAAAUUCGGGUAUGAGAAAACACAUCAUUGUUAUCUUGAUGAAGCGGAAACUAGGCAGCAAGUUGAAAAAAGAAUUGUUCAAAAAAGGAUUGAUGAACUUCAAGCAAGAUUAGAGUGUUAUCCAGUUUCACAAACAGGGGAAUAUCAGAACGAUAUGGCGGCCACUCAAAGUGGAAUCAAGCGUCUACAACGUCAUCUUGCGGACAUCGAUAGGGAGGAGAGUCAACAAUUGGAUAAAGAUAACUUAUCCCAACAUGGUGCUCAAGGUGCAGCAGCGAAAGGAGCAGAAAAGCCCUUUGAAACCACAAUCGAAAUUCAUGAUCCCAGAUUAUCCUAUAACACCUUGAAUAGGGAGAUUUUCUGGACUUACGUGUAUUCAGUAUCUGAUCGAAGAAAGGAGGAGUAUUAUACUUCUCACAAAUAUCUUCGGCAGUAUCGCAAAACAUUCCAAGAGCGUAUGAGGCGACUAUUACCUCAUCCCGGGGAUCACAGUAAUUCACCAGAUAACGAUACUGUACCCAAAAACAUGGUCGGAGAAUUAGUCAAAUCACUCACGGAACAAACACCUGCAUCCCUCUUCCGGUUCAUUGAUCUCGACAAUGAAGAUACAGCUUUCAAGAGAGCUAAUCUUGGUCUUCCCCCUGAAUGUACAGUCAGACCCUCAAUGCAGAUUCUUGUCUACAAACCUCAAAUCGCCUUACGAAGUGAUGCCACAGAAAAUGCGAUAGUGCUACUUGCGGUUCAAGAAGCUUCUGUCAAGGUCUUCUCGGCAGAAGACACUAAUCCGGUCGACAGUGUAACCGCAGCAAUUCUGACCAGAAACUACGCGCAGAUGAAAGAAGUUCAAGCAUUCUACCCCACAACAGAAGCACUCAAUCGAGAACGAUCGCGUCAUACAACUCGCGGUCUAGACUUUGUACCUCUGGAGAUCUUCCUCGAUGAAAAGAGUCAGGCAACGGAUUAUGAUCGAAUCCUUCUUAAGUCCAACCUGUCCGGCUCUUUUGACAAAUUCAAUCGUAUCAGAAUUCCUCAAGGUGUCAAUUGGCCUAUGAAUGCUGUAAACGAAAAUGGACAGCCUAUCGAGCAUCUCAAGAUUCAUCAGGACUUGAUGACAUUGAUAACUCCCCAAAUCAAUCUGAUUGCGACUUCCAAGCAUUAUGAUGCGUUAUACACAGUGGUGACGGAUCUGCUUGUAUAUGUCGAUCCAGAUCAUAGUCAUCGAAAUCAAGCGGUCAAAGACUUUAGUCGACAAUUUGAUACUGCCGAUCGUGAUCCCAAUCGAUUCAUCGUCGAUAUUCACACUCUCCAACAGACCAUGAGACACCUGAUGGAACUGCAACGAGGCUACGAAACCAAUCUCGAGCGUCUGGAAGAAGCCGGAAAAGAUGAACUGUUCAAGAUCCGUGCUGAUUUAGCAGAAGGUUACGAGAGUCUCUACACGAUCAACGCCCUUAUAUCAAACGCAUUAGCUAAAGAUGACGCCAGAGCCGCCUUGAAGAACGCCUUGAAAGUGGAUAUCCGAGUUCGUGGUGUCGCUUGGAAAAUGCUCAAAGAAGAUGCUGUGUCUUCCCUUGCCCAAAUCGAGAUUCAAAACGCGCUAUUCUCCUACAAUAUGAAUAGAAACGGUUCAAAUGAUGUAGCUGUCGUCCUUGGUAAUGUUCUUGCUAACAACCUGGAUCCAAACGCUUCAUAUCCGGAAAUCGUUAGUAGUAUCAGCAAAGAGACAAUGAGUGCGACGGGGAAGCGAAAAGUGAAACCACCUUUUGCACAACUCUAUUGGUCAUCUUAUCCCCCUAUCGGAGGUAUACCGGUAUUCCCAAAAGUCGAUAUUGCAUUUGCCGAUGUCCGAUUCAAAAUUGAAGAGAAGUUUGGACAUCAAGUCGUUGAUUAUAUCUUCUCGGACAGAAUCAGACGUCGAAAAGAUAAAGUCAAGAAACAACAGACUACAAAUGGGCAUAGUAUUACCAAGACAAACAACACCGAAUCUCGAUCUAUGACUCCUACUUCUUCAACAUUUCGAGGUACCGCUCAAACCGGUCCAUCAACCUCGACUGAGGAUCUCCAAUUGCCACCUUCAAGGGGAGAUCUGUUCCCAUUGUCGAGAUCGAAAUCACAAGUCUCACUUGUUUCCCAUACGGAACCUGAUCCGUUGUCAAUCCGAAACAAUGGGGACACGCUUGAAAUGAGAUUAAGAGCUGCUACCAAUAGGUACUUUGGGGAGAUCCGACUACACCAGAUGACCUUUGUUCUGACUUAUACCGCGGACGACACGAGAAAACACGGAACGCUGAGUAUGCCGGACUGUGUAGACUUCAAGUUCAAAACGCCUAAUUUAGUAUAUACUGGCGAGUAUUGGGUAGUAGAAGAGAUCUUUGAGCAUGUCAAGAAAGAUCUCAGAACGGCUGCUGUUUCUCAAUGGAGAGAUAUCAUAUCUCAACUAUGGGGCAAAACUUCCUUGUUCAAAUCGAGAAAGACUUUGACCAAAGUUGCCGCCCAGAGUCUGCCUUCACCUUUAAGGCAUAUAACCACUCAUUCCUCAACAGUGGCAGCGGCCACCGCGCAUAAAGACGAAUUCCAACCCAUUAAUGAUAUAGAAAGGGUGAUUUCUGGCGGUCAUAACCAUAGUCAUAAUCACAAUAACAGUCGCAGUCGAUCUUCUGAUAUUGGCUCACCUCAACAAGCCUUGAGCCCACAAGUGAUUAUCAGGGAUACAAUCGAUAACGGAAAUGGCAAUGGUAACUUGAUGACUUCACCUUCUUCAAUCUCGACGCUAAAUACAUCAAGUACUAAAUCAGAGCACGAUUCUGAGAAUGAUGAAGAGAAAGCAAGUGUAAGCGGAAGUAGCAGCAAACUGAAGGAUUUCUUGGGCAAAUUGAAGGCUAAACAUGGGAACAAUAAGCACGAUUCAAAUGGGAAUGGUAAUAGCAACGGACGUGAAACAGAUGAGCUCGCCAGAUCGAAAUCUAGAGGGGGGUCGAUCGAGAGAAUGCUUCAUCAAUCAAGCACUUCUUUAGGUCUAAUCCAUAAUCGAUCGAAGGAUAGACUGUAG